CUGCAUGUGUGAGAGCUUCAGUCCAGAACCAGAAGCAGAACCAUAACCAUAAGCAGAACCAGAACCAGAGCCAGGAGAACAUGCUGCGGGUCCGGUGCCUGAGAGGAGGGAGCCGAGGAGCUGAAGCUGCACAUCUCAUCGGGGAUAUGGCGGGUCGCGCGCUCUCGGGAUGGGUGUCGCGCGCGUUCCGCAACAGCUCGAGUUCCGCGGCCGCGCAUCUCCCGUUGGACGAGCCGGUUCACGAGCACGCGCACGAGGAGUGUCCUGUGAGCGCGUAUAACGAGUGGGACCCGCUCGAGGAGGUGAUCGUGGGCAGAGCCGAGAACGCAUGCGUUCCCCCGUUCACCGUGGAGGUCAAGGCCAACACGUAUGAGAAAUACUGGCCCUUCUACCAGCAACACGGCGGACAGACAUUCCCGAAGGACCACGUGAGGAAAGCAGUUGCUGAAAUCGAGGAAAUGUGCAAUAUUCUCCGUCACGAGGGAGUCACAGUGAGACGGCCAGAGCCAGUGGACUGGUCCUUAGAGUACAAGACCCCUGACUUCUCCUCCACAGGCAUGUACGCGGCGAUGCCCAGAGAUAUCCUCAUGGUGGUGGGCAACGAGAUCAUCGAGGCCCCGAUGGCCUGGAGGGCCCGCUUCUUCGAGUACCGGGCGUAUCGGCCCCUGAUCAAGGAGUACUUCCGGCGCGGGGCAAAGUGGACCACAGCACCCAAACCCACCAUGAGCGACGAGCUGUACGAUCAGGAUUACCCCAUCCGCACCGUGGAGGACAGACACAAGCUGGCGGCUCAGGGGAAGUUCGUCACCACAGAGUUCGAGCCGUGUUUCGACGCUGCGGACUUUAUCCGGGCCGGCACUGACAUAUUUGUACAGAGGAGUCAGGUCACGAACUUCAUGGGCAUCGAGUGGAUGCGGCGCCAUCUCUCUCCCACUUACAAGAUCCACAUCAUCUCCUUCAAGGACCCGAACCCCAUGCACAUCGACGCCACCUUCAACAUCAUCGGCCCAGGGCUGGUGCUGUCCAAUCCAGAUCGGCCCUGCCGUCAGAUCGACAUGUUCAAGAAAGCCGGCUGGACGGUGGCGACUCCUCCGACUCCUCUUAUUCCUGACAAUCAUCCGUUGUGGAUGUCCUCCAAAUGGCUGUCCAUGAAUGUGUUGAUGCUGGAUGAGAAACGUGUGAUGGUGGAUGCUAAUGAGAUGACCAUACAGAAGAUGUUUGAAAAUCUCGGUAUUAAGACGAUUAAAGUCAGCAUCCGCCACGCUAACUCCCUGGGAGGAGGCUUUCACUGCUGGACGACGGACGUGCGCCGGCGCGGAUCCCUCCAGUCUUACUUCCUCUAGCCUGCCAGAGACACGCAGUUCUUAUUGAGCUCCGAUUCGAGCACCGUCUGCAUGGUUUGAUUGCGCUGUGCAUGUCAGGGCUUUUGUAAAUGCGACCGAUGAACGUGAUGAAUAGAAACCUCAGUGAUCUCAAUAACAACUGCAUUUCUGGCCGGCUGUUGUAGUAAUGACUCCAGUGAAGUAGGCAGAGCCCCCCCACCCCCCACACCCCCACACACACACCACAGAAGAAGAGUUUCUACCUCCUAUUUACCAAAAACAGAAAACCUGUUUAGCCUAUUUUGAAUUGUAAUGACUUCUUAUAUAAUGCAUUUUAAUGAUAUAUAAUUUUUUUUUUACCCUACAUGUGAUACAAGUGUUGAUUUAUAACUCAGGUAUUUUUGUAGCCAUAUUUCAGUUAUUUUGUAAGCAUUUCAUGAAAUGUAAAUAUCUAUAUGCAUAUGCAUUAUUUUAGUGCGCAUAUACUCUUCCCUCCACAAAAGUGUUUUAUAGCAUCUGCCUCUGAUGUCAUUCACAAUAGCAGGAGUCAGGAACGCUGCGCUGCUUAUACAUCACCCUGGACGAGUUCUCAGCGUUCAGGGGACGUUUGGCUGAUUGUUUUGCGUUGUGUUUGUGCUGUGAUUCUCUAGUUUAACUCGUUGAGUGAGAUUGCUCUUCAUCAACUCAUGAUUUUGUGUCAGGUCAAACUAAAUCAAAUAAAGAUACACUUGGAAAUCAA